CGCCGGAUAAUUUGACAAUGUCAACUCCCGAAGCCCAGGAAAAGAUGGAAGAUGAAGUGGGGAGAGCGACCAAAAAGAAAUGUGGAGUUGCAGUAAUAACUUCCACUAGCAAAGAUAAAGCUGAAGAAAGUAACAACAAACGGCAAAGCCCACUUCAAGAGGCACUCACACACUCAGGGCAACAAAUGACGAAGAAGUUCCUGAAAAACCAUUGUAAGCAGAAUAACCUUUAUUCAACACCACACCUGAACGACACACUGUACCUGCAUUGCCAAGGUUUAUCCGCCAUUGAGAACCUAGAGGAGUACACAGGACUGAAGAGUCUUUGGCUGCAAAGCAAUGGGCUUCGACGCAUUGAGAAUCUGGAUGCCCAGACUGAACUGCGCUGCUUGUUCCUUCAGCACAACCUCAUCUACAAGCUGGAAAACCUUGAACCACUGGAAAAGCUCUCCACCCUGAAUGUCUCCAACAACUACAUACGCACCAUUGAGAACAUCUCCCGCUUCCCUCACUUGAGCACUCUGCAGAUAGCCCACAACAAGCUGGAGACCGUGGGAGACGUCGAGCACCUGAGCCAGUGUCUGGCCAUCAGCGUGCUGGACAUGUCUCACAACCUGUUAAACGACCCCGAGAUCCUCUGGGUACUUGAAGCCAUGCCGGAUCUGCGUGUGCUCAAUCUAGUUGGAAACGAGGUGGUGAGAAAAAUCCCAAACUACAGGAAGACCACGAUCGUGCGUCUCAAGCAGCUCACCUACCUGGACGAUCGCCCCGUGUUCGCCAAAGACAGGGCAUGUGCAGAGGCCUGGGCGGUGGGGGGCCUGGAAGGGGAGCGCAAAGAGAGGGUGCGAUGGGAGACCCGAGAGAGGAAGAAAAUUGAGGACAGUUUAGAUGCCAUGGCAGAGAUUCGGAAGGCCGCCUGGGAGAGACGACGCCUUCGAGAACUGCAGCAGACAGGUGCCGAGGCUUUCACCACUACAGAGACUCCAUGUGAGGAAAAUGACACCCGGUCUCUGACUUCACCCAACGGAGAGAAGAUCCAAUCCUUUGCGAGGGACUGCCUGGAGGCCCACGAGGGGCUCCUCCACAGCCAAUCCACACAGGGAUCCUGCUGUGGAAAUCUGGAGGCAGAGCAGCCAGGUCGCGAUUUCCAGAGGGAUCCGCUAGAGAAAGACGACCAGGAAGAGUCGCAGCUAGAGCCACCUGUUAUGGAAGAGGUGGUGAAUCAAGAGCACUCAGCGGGAGAACAAGAGAGGGCUCCGGGAAAGAUGCUCGAUAGGGAAAAAGCACAAGAUGACAAACAACAACAAAAGAGAAUCCAGAUUGUUAAAAGUGAAGCGGUGAACAUGAGCGAGCCGGGCGACAGGAAACAGCCUCCUCGUCUCUGGGCCGGUCCUCCCAAAGCUGACGGGUCGGUACCGGCACACGGUCCCGGAGCGCUGGUCACAGAGCUGGAGGAACCCGACCAGCUGGAAACCAUCCAGCUGCCCCUGCACCGCCCGCUGCGUAUUGAUGACCUGCCCGACCUGGAGGACGUGGACACCUUCUCGGCAACGUUCUCUCCUCAGAGAGUUUACAGACCUAUGAUAGAGGUCAUAUCCGGAGGCAGUGACGAGGAGAGUCCAAACGGGAUUCAGAACGAAGGCGUCCCGACCGUUGGGUCAGAUAAAAUGUCUGUGUUUUUAAUGGGCGAGUGCAGCAAAUCAGCUGUGGGGCGAAGCAGUUCCCCAUCAUUGGUGUAUCCAGAAGACAAGGAGGCUCUUGAUACCCUUAUUUUUGAGCCAGUGGGAAAUUCCAAACUAAACCACACAUCUUCUCCACCCCGGUGCCUGAUUGAGGAGCUUGAAUGAUGAAAAUAAUAAAAUU